UAAGCCCGGGCUGGGUUCCUGCCAUGAUGUUAGAGGGAGAGAAACCCACAGCUUGUUAAUUUCACCUCCCAAUCAGACCCGGGGAGAAGGAGAUCACUGGGAACAGGUAGAGCUUUGUUUCCCCCUGUGGUCAUGACGGCUUCGCACAGUGACUCUUUGGUGGUGUUGUUUGGGGCAACAGCUGGUGCAUAUGGGGCUAAACUGGGUUCGGAUGAGAGGGAACUAAUUCUCUUGGUGUGGCAAGUUGUGGAUCUACACAGCAAGAAGGUAGGGACAUUGCACAAAUCCCUGGUAAAAGCAGACAAUUUGGAGCUAAGUGACCAAUGUCGAGAAGUGAGUGGCUUAGCACCAGAGGGACUGAGCAAAGCUGAGCCUCUGGACCGAGUUCUCCAACAGUUUAGCCAGCUGGUCGCCAGUGAUUUGAAGUUAUUGGGAAGAAGCUCUUACACACUCUGCACAGAUGGCCAGUUGCUCAUUCGGCAGGUCCUCCACCCAGAAGCAUCCAAAAAGAACUUCCUGCUGUCAGACUGCUUUUAUUCGUUUUAUGAUCUACGCAAGGAGUUUCACACGUGCUACCCCAAUUCAGCCCCCGUGAAAGAUCAAACUAUCAAAUCCAUGGCAGAGUAUAUAGGCUUAGAGACAGAUGAAACAGAGGAGGACUUUGGUGUAUGGCAAGUGAAAACGAUGGUGGCUAUUAUUUUCAGCAUGCUUUCUGAAACCUGCAUUACAGAUUGCAGAUUUACUGACCCUGAAACUGUGAAAUACAAGUAUGAAACAGGUCCCUGUAGUAAAUCUGAAGCAGUAGACAGUGAAACAGUAAUACGUGCUAGAGGUUUGCCCUGGCAGUCUUCAGAUCAAGAUAUUGCCCGUUUUUUCAAAGGACUCAAUAUUGCCAAAGGCGGUGUUGCCCUUUGCCUGAAUGCUCAAGGAAGGCGAAAUGGGGAAGCCCUAGUGCGAUUUGUCAACCCGGAACAGAGAGAUUUGGCAUUGGAAAGACAUAAGCAUCACAUGGGUAGCAGAUACAUUGAGGUUUACAAAGCAACGGGAGAAGAAUUUUUAAAGAUUGCUGGAGGCACCUCCAAUGAAGUAGCCCAAUUCUUGUCCAAGGAGAAUCAAGUCAUCAUCCGGAUGAGGGGCCUUCCUUUCACAGCCACUCUGGAGGAUGUCUUGGGGUUCUUGGGGCCUGAGUGUCCAGUCACAGGAGGGAAAGAGGGACUUCUCUUUGUCAAGUACCCAGAUGGCAGACCCACGGGAGAUGCAUUUGUGUUGUUUUCCUGUGAAGAAUAUGCACAGAAUGCACUUAAAAAGCACAAGGAGAUCCUUGGAAAACGUUACAUUGAACUCUUCAGGAGCACAGCAGCAGAAGUCCAGCAGGUGCUUAACAGAUACUUGUCAACACCUCUCAUCCCCACUCUUCCAACUCCCAUCAUUCCGGUCAUCCCCCCGCCUUACACCAUUGCUGCUGGCAGCAUCCGUGACUGUGUCCGGCUCCGAGGCCUUCCUUACACAGCUGGCAUUGAUGACAUCCUGGAAUUCAUGGGAGACGCGACAGCAGAUAUCAAACCACAUGGAGUCCACAUGGUCCUUAAUCAACAGGGACGACCAUCAGGUGAUGCUUUUAUCCAAAUGAAAUCUUCUGAUAGAGCCUUUUUGGUGGCCCAGAAGUGUCACAAGAAAAUGAUGAAGGACCGCUACGUAGAAGUGUUCCAGUGUUCAGGAGAGGAGAUGAACUUUGUUUUAAUGGGUGGCACUUUAAAUCGUAGUGGCUUAUCCCCACCGCCAUGUAAGUUACCAUGUCUUUCUCCACCAGCGUAUGCUGCUUUCCAAACAGCCGCAGCAGUGAUCCCAGCAGAAGCAGCACUUUACCAGCCACAAGCCCUGUUGUCAACAACCAGGACUCCCCAGGCUUCUGCUGCUGCCCCUCCAACUGUUACCUACUACCCGGCUCAGGCAGCUCAGCUUUAUAUGAACUACACCGCUUACUAUCCCAGUCCUCCGGUAUCGCCUACCACGGUGGGGUACAUUGCAGCUCCUCCUGCCGCUGUAGCAGCUGCUGCCUCAGCCACACACACUCCAAUGCUGCCCCAGCCUGGAGCUUUAGUUCGUAUGCAGGGCUUGCCUUAUAACACAGGAAUGAAGGAAAUUCUCAGUUUCUUCCAGGGAUACCAGUAUGCACCUGAGAUACAGAACAUAACAACCUUUGACAACCAAGGGAUGGAUUAACUUUUUUUCUCUCUUUUACAUUUACAUUUUUGCCAAUUCAUAUUAGGACACCAGAAAAGACCUACUGAGUCUGGAAAUCCUCUUGAUUUGAUAAAUAGGGUUGCUUCUACCUCCUCCCUCAGCCUUCAUAAAUCUAGAUUUCUGAUGGCGAUUUCUCAAUGUGAAAAUCCUACUAUCAGUCUCAUUAGUCAAUAAGAGAUUGAUCCUGUCCCUUAUAAAAUGAUUCAGCCUUACUUUUGCUUGCUAAAAGGAUCGACUUGUUCCCCCUAUUCAAACCGGCUUUGCUCCGAGCAUCCACUCCCUUUGGUACCAGUACUCUAUUCCUACCAGAUGCAUUUUUCACCUGUUCUCAGUCUUUUGUUUGUGGCCACUCUGCAGUGUAUCUUGCCAUUUUUUUUCUAGCCUGUAAAGAUCCACCACUUGCUAUUACUUUGCAUUACUUUCUGCUUCCAAGCUACCCUCUUGGUGCGAACUUUACUCCAUACCUGGCUCCAAUCCUACCUACCCACUGGAAGACCCAUAGUACAGGUGGGCACACUGAGUACCAUUUCCUGCUGCCCUUGAGAUCAGGGUCAAAUGAGGAAUCCUUUAAAGAAACCCCACGGUGGUGAUGUGUGUGCAGCCUCUUCUUGGCUCUUUUCAUGUGCCUCUCCCCACUAACUGCAGUUGGACUUGAUAGCCACCUCAGGGUGAAAAAGGAAUCAUUUUGUCACUGACCAAAGGAAAAUGUAAAGGAAAAAUCAAUCUAUCUAAGAAGCCGCUCCCUCCGCUUCAUCUGUAUCAAUAAACAAGACUGUUCUGUCAAAUAGAGGAAAAAGAGACACUGGUUGAUGGAAAAACAUUUUCAAUAGAUGCUUGGUUUGUUGAUGAAUAAUUGGAUAACAGGGGUCAGCUGCUACUGCCAGGCAGUUGAGAAUAAGUUCUCCUCAGAAACUUCCAGUUUUCGGAGUGAGUUAAAAAUGCCCACUGAAGAGAAUGUCUUUGAAAGUGCAAUAUCUAUAUUCAGGUUAGAUGUGUUGAGGCCAAAUUUGAUAUGUCACUGGAUUUAUAAAGCUUUUCGAAAUGACUUCCAGUUCUAUGAGUUCACAGCUGAUUAUCUUAUCUGGGAUUUUCAGACUGGCUUAUCUGCCAUUGAUUGCAAUGGAAGCAGAAUUUUUCAAUUAUUUGAAAAUUUCACCUUUUGCCUAUAUGAAUGAACAAAGGCAAAGAACAUGCUAUUGUACACGACAGCAGUUUUUAAGCUAUCUGCUUCUGAGUUUGACCUAUGCAAUGUUGCUUUUUGUCAUCUGUACCAUACGUAGCAUUGGAUGACUUCUGGCAAAUCCAUAAUAGUGUAUUUUUACAUUAUUGUAUAAUUAUUUCACAAUCUCAGAUUGGUAGGGACUGGUAAAGAAGAAGUAAUGAGCCUAAAUUAAGAGGCUUAAUGCUAAUUACAUGUCCCUGCAUUCAAAGCUAGCAACACUGAUAUUCCACCUCAGGUUCUUCCACUUUUGGUCAUCCAGUCCAAUAGUAGUGUACCUUGGCCUUGCUGGUUUAGGAGGCUUCUGAAAUAUAGGCAACAUCUGAAAUGCUCAUUUAAUGCUCUAUCUCAAGUAUUUUGGAGUAGCUGUCAUUUUCUCACUAGAGACAUAGUUUCUUGUAUGACCUCAUCCUAUUGCAUUAUUUCCCUAACUUGAUUUACAAUAAUGCCUUUUUGUAAUUUUUUUUUUUUGAGCUGGAGCUGUUAAGAAGCACUUACUACUCCAUAACCUCUGUUUAAUUACCGUAACUUAAUACAAUCUCUCCUUUUACAUGUCUGUCCUCUAAAUAAAAAACUCUUUAACUAUUGUGGUGGUUUUUUUUUUUUUUUUAUUCAAGUUUCCUGCACACUUGAGCUCCUGCUUUAUACCAAUCUCUCUUCUUGCCAUUUCUGAUACACUGUAAUUUUUCCAUUCCUCAUUUUUCUUGUUGCUUAUGCAUAUCAAGUACCUUUUUUUAAAAAAAAUACUCUCACUAGAGGCUACAUGGCUUUACCUAUUGUAAAUCUGCUGAUAAUCUAGUAUCUAAAGUAUGUACUAUAUUGAGACAUUCCUUCCAAAGAACAAACUUACUUUUUGUAGAUUGGUUUCAAGGGCAGGUCUGGUAGCUGAUAAUUAAUAUUUGCACAGCCUGGUUGCCCUGGUAGAGACUAUCUAGAAAAAACUUCUUACGUUUGUUUGUACUUAAUGGAGUGGGUCUAGAUGUGAAGGUGGCUAGAAAUCUGUAGUGAAGAUUGUGGGGGUUCUUUCUCUGAUGGUGUUUGGGCUCUUGGAUGUUGCUCUGUGUGGUAGGUGUAUUACUUGUUCUUUAAAUUUCACUAUAGGUGGCUAUAAAGUGUCUCUUUUAUUUUCUUUUAUAAAUAUAUUUAUUCUUCCCUAUAAACUGGCAGGAGACACUUUCUGUAUCAAAAGAAACAAAGGGCAGCAUAGCAAUAGAACCUUGUGUGUUUGGGGAUACCGUAAUCUACCAAUGCAUGUAAAGGAAGCCAUUUCAAAACAGAAAAUUCUGCUUCUUACUGCAGAAAGGACAUAAUAUAAACUGGGUAUUGUGUAUCUCUUUGCUGCAAAGUAGCAUUCCAGUAGUCUCCACAACCUAGUCAGGUGUUCUCUGGGAUUCGUUUCUUUCCAGUAUGUGCGCUUCUGGAGAGAUUCUGUAUAAACCAGCAUUUGGGCUCAUCAACCAAGAUCUGUUUUCUGACUUUAGACACAGACUUGCACCAUCCCCUAUAACAACACGCCCUUCUCAUGCAUGGUUAAGAUCUUUGACCUGAUUCUUCUCUCUUAGGCCUAGUCUAUACACAGCUUUUGUACUAGGGUUGCCAAUUUUGGUUUGACGUGUUCCUGGAGAUUUCAUCAUUUGACAUGAUCUUUCAUUUUCUGGAGACUCCAGGACAAUCCCAGAGGGUUGGCAACCCUAUUUUGUACUGGUAUAACUUUAUUGGUUAGUGAUGUGAUUUUUCUUUUUACCAAAAUGGUUAUACUGGCACAACCCCAAUGUGGACUCAGUUAUAUCAGUAAUAAAAGUGCUUUAUACUGGUAUUGCUUAUUCUCCUUCCUAUAUAGGGGUAAGCUUCACCUAUACAAGCACUUUUAUACCCGUAUAAAUGCAUCCACACUUGGGAGUUGUAUGGCUUUAGCUAUGCUGGUGUUAGGCACAGAGGUACAACUUUGGUUUUUGUGUGUGGACAAUGCCUCACGCUGGCUUUUCACCAGUGUAACUUACUCUACUUCAGUGGAGUUAACUUCUUAUUUACACUCCUGUAAGUAAGAUCAGAAUUCGGAUCUUGGUCUCUCCUAAUCCUUCCCCUCUCAUGUCAAUUUGUGCAGUCUAGAAAGCAUGCGCUCCAGUCCCCAUGAGAUUCUCUGCUGUAACAUAGUAUAGCUCUCUCUGAUACUUAGACUUUGUCAUUUGUUACCUGGCACAUAAUUCUCAAUAUCUACUUGUUGCUGUUCUAUGAAUAUUAAGGAAAAAAGGGUAUUUGGUUUUUUAAAUUUCCUUAUUAAGGAAGACUUGCAUUACAAAAAGCUACUAUAUGCAGUAUAUAAUCUCCCCCAUAUUUCUUGCAUAAACCUACCUCCAACCAACUCUUCAAGUAACGUAUUUUACUGAUUGCAUAUAAGCUGUGUGUGUCAAAUUCUUUGUCUCCUGCCAGUUACUGUAGCUGAUGCUCUUAAUUAAGGUUGCAAAUGUAGUCUGUGUGGCUUGCUGUACAAGAACUGUUCCUUCUAUUGCUGAUUAUCGUGUAUCACACUUGUACUGUAGUAUGCACCUGAUGACUACAAUGGCCUUAUUCAGCUGAACGAUCAAGCAAGGAGUGUGUUACAAGCACCGAAAGAGUGGGUCUGUUUGUAACUGU